CUCGCCCCCCUCGUUGGCCCGGAGGGUGAAGAUGCCGCCCAAUAAGAGUGUGAGUUAUCCGCGCCCAGCCACGCCUACGAACGGUUCCCGGCUUACCAUUGGCUGGGAGCUGUAACCCGACCUUUUCUCACACUCGCAUUUCAGGUCUUACGGUAGGGACGCAUAAGGGCGAUUGCGUAACCUUUUUCGCACUGACUCUACGCCUGUUUGGGUUCUAGAGAGGGAGAAACAAGCGGCAGGGUGAUAUGGGUGCUAAGAAGGGUUGGUUUAAGGCUUAGAAUUCCCGGCUUUCCCGUUGUGAAGAUUCUCCCCGCGCUGAAGGGCCGCGGGGCGUGUGUGUUUCAUCCACGUUCAGCCUCGCAGCCACCUCAGCAUCCGAUCCUAGCAUACCAAAACCCCGGAAACCCCUUGAAAAUACGUCCUCUAACCCCGCGCGCUCCCGGAACCUCUUCGAACAUCCCUGCUCGGGGUUGUAGAGCGCUCAUGUCGGUGUUGGAAGGUUGGUGCCUCGCGCGGCGUGACCCUGAUAAGCUGGGAAGGUGAGGAGGAAGGCAUCGGCUCUCAGUUGGUUGGUUGAAGGCGGGCAGAGCGUACGUCUGUCGGUCCCAUCACCUCCCUCCUCCCCCCCUCCUCCUCCUAGUCCUCCUCCGCCUACUCCUCAGCCACCACCUCGCAACUCACGCCCUCGCGCAGUCCACGGAACCUUAUUUAUCGUCGACUUGUCAUAGCGUGGAACGUGGAACCCUGUGGAACGCCUGCCUGUGGAACUUUUGUGUUGGUUUGUGUUGUGUGAUCAGAAGAGGAUCCCUGCCCUGCGGAACGCCUGGGGAACAGUACUGAAACUUUGGACGCGGCGCUAAACCGUUCCGACGUGUGUUUGGAAGACUCGCCGCUCCUUACUCACCCACUGGGCUUCUUGCUCUCUAGUGCCCCGGAAGAGAAGGAAAAAGACAGCAGGGAAAGGGAACGCCUGCUUGAUUGACACUUAACUCCUACGCCUCCCCCUUCCCCUGCCAGCUGAUUCCUCCCCCCUUUCCUACCCCUAACACCCCUCACCCCCUUCCAUAGCUCCCCCUGGUCAUCCUCACCCCCAAACAAAGUGCGAUUGCAUCAACUCUCGGACGGUGACGAAGGAACGAAGAAAGAGAUAAACGAGAUAAACGCUUGACAAUAUUAGUUCCUUAUUGAUAACGGAAAACGGAAAAACGAAAGCGGGGAAACAUGAACACGUGAAUCUCUUCCUCUUCUUGAGACCCGAUAGAAAACAGAGACCGCACGCACCUCACCGCCGUCUUGGCCUGAAGGACGUAGAAACCUGAGAGAAAAAAGGCCCCCAAGGCGAGUGUUAUGGCUCCGAGGACUCAGAACUUUACCGCCGCCGUUGAAGUUUCGUGGACGUCGUUUCCGUAGAGGACGCAGCAGAAGGACCUCCCCCUCUACCCCCCACUCUACUGCAGAAGGUGGAGGUGCUGUUGCUGUCGAUCCUGCUGUAGUUCCUGUCGCUGUUCCUGUUGCUGUUGUUGUUCCUCCUAAACUCAGUGAUCGUCGAAGGAACGCAACACAAAUUUCUAUCAAGAUGAACCAGCUGUGCAAGGUGUGUGGGGAGCCUGCUGCGGGGUUCCACUUCGGGGCCUUCACCUGCGAGGGAUGCAAGUCGUUCUUCGGGCGCACGUACAACAACCUGUCACAAGUGCACGAGUGUAAGAACGGCGGCCAGUGCGUCAUCAACAAGCAGAACAGAACCUCGUGCAAGGCUUGCCGCCUCAGGAAGUGUCUCAUGGUGGGCAUGUCCAAGAGUGGCUCAAGGUACGGGCGGCGCUCCAACUGGUUCAAGAUCCACUGUCUGCUGCAGGAACAGGCUUCGAACCUCUCCAAGGGGCUCGAAGGUGGAGGGGGCGGCGGGAUGGGCGGCGGGAUGGGUGGCGGGGGCAUGGGAGGCCUACACGGGGGCCUACCUGGGGGGCUAGCUGGAGGCCUGGCCGGGUCCUUGUCCCUCUCCCCCGCCUCCAUGCCUGCGCUCUCCCCCGCCAAGUCCGAGGAUGAGGCAAAGAUGGACUCGCCGCUCAUGUCCUCGCCGGAGAGCUGCGCGUCCGAGGGCAGCGUCGAGGUGGAGCUGUGCAAGGCUAAGGAGGAGGGCGGUGGUGGUGGAGGUGGUGGUGGUAGUAGUGCACGGAGGGAAGCAGCAGCAGCGGCGGCGGCGGCGGCGACGGCGCGUGGCCUGUCCCUGUACGGCCUGCACCCCGGCCUGUCCCUGCUGCACGCCUCGCAUCUCUACUCCCGCCUCUACCCCUCCCUGCCCCUCUACCCCGGCCUGGCCCCCUCCCUGCUGGUGCCGCCCCCCAUACCCCGCCCCCACGCCCCACACAGCCCCCCCAAGGACCGCCCCUCCUCCAGCAGCCCCCGCGGCCCCGCCUCACCCAGCGGCCGCCCCGUGUUCGAGUACCCGCCCCCCCUGGCCCCGCCCCCCCUCGGCCUUCACCCCCUUGGCCUCUCCCUCCCCUUCGCCUGCCCCAGGAAGCGGCUGGCUGACUCCCCCACCCCCCUCAGCCCCCGGGGGUGGGAGGCCGCCCCCGCCCCCGAGCAGGACGCGCCCAUGGACCUGAGCGUCAAGCGGCAGCGCCUUCUCCCCCCCCUCGCCCCCGCCACCCCCGUCUCGCCCCCCGUCUCCCCCCCCACCGUCACUAAAACGCCCCCCACCCCCGUCGACCUCACCACCAAGGCGUGAGGCCCCCCGCCCCCCCAUGGUACAAACUGAUAGCCCUCGCGUCCCCCGCUCCCCACCCCCCUUUUCCUCCCCCUCUUCACUCUCUCCCUUUCUCCCAUUUUCUUCCCCCUCCUCUCCCCAUCUUCCCUAUCUCCCUCUAUUCCUCUUCUUCCUCGCCUUCUUCCUCUCCGUCUUCUCCCUUCCUUUGCCUCUCUCCCUCUUCCCCAUCCCUUCCUCUCUUUCCUCCCUCCUUCCCACCUCUUCUUCCUCAGCCUCCUUUCCCACCAUCCCCCCCUUUCCCUCCCUUCCCUCCCUCCCUCCCCUCCUGCAAACUUGAUCCUACAGGGAGAGAAAAUGGAGGACGGGGCGAGGGAGAAGAAGAAACGGGACAACAGAAAAGUGCAAUGAUAAAAAUAAGGAAUAAUAAAGACAAUGAUGAUAAAGAUGGAAGAAAGGAAAAAUGAAGAAAAAGAAAAAUGGCGGUUGUGAAAAUAUUAAAAAAAGGUCACAGAAACUUUCAUAAGGGCUAAAAUACACCUUUUUUGAGGCUAUUGUCGCCCUUAUCUCCUUUAAUGGGUGAAAUAUGGUCCUUAAGAGAGAGAGAGAGAGAGAGAGAGAGAUUCAUUUUAUUUAAGAGUUUUAGAGUUAGUUUUAUUUCUUUAUUCCCCCGAGUGACAAGUGCGUGCGUUCGUGCGUGUGUGUAUUCCUAAGUGGUGUACGUGUGUGUGUGUGUGUAUAUUUUAGGGUGUCCUGUGUGUGUAUUUAUGUGUGUGCGUUUUGGAGGUGUACAUGGCGUGUGUAUAUAGUGAAGAGGCCAGUGUGGUGUCAUGAUA